AUGAAUCUUUUCUGCUUUUCGCUGGAGGGCUCUAUGGACAGCUUAUAUGAGCCAGUCCCAGAACAACAAGCUCACCAAGAGAGAACUUCUGGUAGAACUGAUUCUCUUUUCUCACCCUCUGGGGAAAAUGGAAACUUACACAGCAGUCUCUUCAUGGAAGUUUCUCAUUUUGAGAAUGCAAAACCAAAAAGAAAGUCAAUCCAGAGAUCUAUGUCUGAAAACAAAGUAUUUGAGGGAAAAACUGUGAAUGACACAACUUGGCAGGAACCCAGCAAGCCUGAGAAUGAUUCCCACAUCAGAAGACUCUGUCAGCUAAAAGAUCUAAAUGAAGAUAAUUUUCUUUUGAGUAAUAAUAGACAUACUCUUCAAGGAAAAAAACUACAAGGCAUUUCUUAUCAGGCCAUAAAAUCAGGUGAUGACUCCAUGGAAUCCGUGGGCACCUUAAAGAGACUACAGAAACUGGUUUGGACCAAGAAAGCCAGGGUGCCGAGUCUGAAUGAGAUGAAACCUACAUCAAUAAAUCUCCAAGAUGAAGAUGAAACAUUGAUUUCCUGUAUGAAAUUAGCCAAAUCCCAAGAAAAGAGAGUUAAUAAUGUUAGUACAAGGAGGAAGGAAGAAAUGGAGAUUAGAUUGGAUUCUAUUUCUGCAUCACUGGUUAGAUCCAAUACUUCAACUGGAUGCAGCUUGGCCAAAAUAUUAUCCCACAGUGGAGGUGAAGUUCAGAUGUGGAACAGCUGGAAGCCUUUUCCAGAAAACCCGCUGUGGACAUAUGUUGAUUUCCAAAUUGACCGGGUUGGACCCUGGGACAACUGUUUCCACUGCACUCACCACCCACAUCUCAAGUCUUCUUGUACAGAUAUGGAUCUCCCACACUCAUGGCGCAGCAGCAGUUUUGGGAAUUUUGACCGUUUUCGGAAUAAUUCCGUAUCAAGAACAGAUGAUUCAACUGGGGUACAUGAAGGGGAAUGCAUAAAUGAAAGUGGAGAACAAAACAAAACUUCAAAUAAUGAAGGAAGUUUAGGUAAAAGAAUGAGAGCUAUUUCCUGGACAAUGAAGAAAAAAGUGGGUAAAAAGUAUAUCAAAGCCCUUUCUGAAGAAAAGGAUGGGGAAGAUGGAGAGGAUGCCUUACCUUAUCGGAACAGUGAUCCCAUGAUUGGAACCCAUACAGAGAAGAGCUCCCUCAAAGCCAGUGACUCCAUGGACAGUCUCUACAGUGGGCGGAGCUCAUCAAGUGGAAUAACAAGCUGUUCAGACGGUACAAGUAACCGGGACAGCUUUCGACUCGAUGAUGAUGGCCCCUACUCCGGACCAUUCUGUGGCCGUGCCCGUGUACAUACCAGUUUCACACCAAGCCCUUAUGACACUGACUCCCUCAAAAUCAAGAAAGGAGAUAUCAUAGACAUUAUCUGCAAAACGCCAAUGGGGAUGUGGACAGGAAUGUUGAACAAUAAGGUGGGAAACUUCAAAUUUAUUUAUGUGGAUGUCAUCUCAGAAGAAGAAGCAGCCCCCAAGAAAAUAAAGGCACACAGAAAGAGCGGAAAGGAAAAACCUAAGACUCUGCAGGAGUUCUUAGAGAGGAUUCACCUUCAGGAAUACACCUCAACACUUUUGCUCAACGGUUACGAGACCCUAGAAGAUUUAAAGGAUAUAAAAGAGAGUCAUCUCAUUGAAUUAAACAUUAAAAAUCCAGAAGAUAGGAUGAGGUUACUAUCAGCUGCUGAAAAUCUUCUUGAUGAAGAAACUAUUCAGGAGCAAGAAAAUGAAUCCAUGUCCCUAUCCUUAAGCCCAGACAUCUCCUUAAAUAAGUCACAGUUAGAUGACUGCCCAAGGGACUCUGGUUGUUAUAUCUCAUCAGAAAAUUCAGAUAAUGGUAAAGAAGAUCUGGAGUCUGAAAAUCUGUCCGACAUGGUACAGAAGAUUACUAUCACAGAGCCAAGCAACUGA